AUGGACAUGACGACGUGUCUCAAGUCUCUCCUGCUGGCGGUCCAUCAGCACAGGGACGGAGGGACGGCACAGACCGAGGCACAGCUCCUCAGACGGGUGGAGGAGACCUCGGCCCUGGUCUGUGGUCCUCUGCUGUCCUCGGCCCCCCUGCUGGCUGCGGAGUGUGUGAGUGGACUGGUGGACAUAGCGGGGAACCCAAACAGCAGCUCCGUUCUCACCGGGUCCAUCGUGUCCCUGCUGUCCCUGCUGGCCGGGGACGACUCCGGCAGAGAGGUUCUCCACAGCAGCUUCAACCUGAGCGGGACGCUGUCCUCCAUCGUCCAGCGCAGCGACCCUCAGGAACCACUGGUUCUGCAGUGUCUGCAGCUGCUGCAGAGACUCACCUACAACAGCGGCGUCCUCCAGUGGUCCAACUCCGUCCAGCAGCUGCUGUCCUUCCUCCUCACCCACAUACAGUCGCAGCAGGACGUCCUCAUCGUGCCGUGUCUCGGUCUCAUGGCCAACCUGUGCCGGGAGAACCGCUCGGUGCAGAACCACAUCCGGUCUCUGGACAAUGUCAAGUCCUUCUACCGGACCCUGCUGAACCUCCUGGACCACCCCAGUCUCACCGUGGUGGUCUUCUCUCUGUCCAUCCUGGCCGGUCUCACCCUGAGGGACAAGGUGGGGGACAAGCUCUUCGGAGCGGAGAACAUCCAGCAGACGUUCCAGCUCGUCUUCAACAUCAUGGUGAACGGAGACGGAACCCUGACCAGGAAGUACUCGGUGGACCUGCUGGUGGAUCUGCUGAAGAACCCCAAGAUAGCAGAGUGUCUGAGCAGGUACCAGCACUUUCCGGUCUGUGUGACCCAGGUUCUAGGACUUUUGAAAUCAAAGGACCCACAAUCUGCAACCAAGGUCCUGGAGCUCCUCCUGUCCAUGUGCAGAGUGUCCAGUCUGCGUCCUCUGCUCUGCCGGGUGGUCUUCAGACCCGCCGAGCCCAAACUGGGGCCCGUGGGCCGCAGACCGGGACCGGAGGGGCCGGACCAGUCCAGCUGUGGCCUGGUUCUGGUGCAGUGGCUCAGCUCGCCUGUGGAGGGCGCCGAGUCCUGCUCCCUGCAAGUCCUGCAGCUGCUGAAGGAGCUGCUGGAGGAGGCGCUGGGCGGAGACCUGGUCUCUGAUUGGACGCUGAGCUUUGUGGACCUACUACUUCCUGUCCUGCUGGACCUGCUGAGGAGCCUCGAGUCCUCCAGCGGAGACUCUGACCUGAGAAGAGUCUCCAGCUGGACCACAAGCAUCAGCAGCCUGCUGCUCCUGCUGUGCGUCCAAGACUCCACCCGCUCCCUGCUGUCCCGCCAGCUGAGCGCUCCGCUCUGCCUGUCCCAGGUCCAGGCCCUCCUCUCCUGUUACCAUAGCAACAGUCCCCGCGGUUCCCACGGCGACCUCAGUGUGUGUUCUGAGGCAGUGUUGCAGAUGGUGGAGUUGAUGAGCAAACUGAGGCAGCAGGUCGAAGACAUGGAGACCAGUUUCUACAGGACGCUGCAGGACCAGCAGAUGGCGCCUCCUCUGUCUCUGGCUCUCUCGUCUCACCGCAGAGAGACGGUCCACCGAGCUCUCGGUCUGCUGUCUGAAGCUGCUUCACUGCCAGACUUCCCCUCUCAGCUCUUAGCAGAAAUUAUUGCUGCCAACAACUUGUUCCACCAGAAGGAGGCGGAGCUCCCAGUCAAGCAGCAGGAAGCCCCGCCCCCCAGCACCGUGGACCAGUCCAGUUCUGACAGGGGUGUUUCCUGUCUGGUGGAGAAGGUCCAGAACGGCCUGGAGCUGAAGGACUCUCACGUGUCGGACAUCAUCGAGGUGUACGAGCAGAAGCUGUCGGCGUUCAGCUCCAAGGAGGCUCGUCUCCAGGACCUGCUGGAGGCCAAAGCCGUGGCUCAGUGCCAGGCGGACCGGCUCCUGGCCCAGUACCGGCUGCAGCGGGCGCAGGCGGAGGCCGAGGCGCGGCAGCUGGCGUCGCUGCUGAAGGCGGCGGAGCGGCGGCGGGAGGAGCUGCAGGCGGAGCUCAGCCAGCAGCUGCAGCUGGUGGAGCGCUCGGCCGCCGACACGGAGCAGCUGCUGCAGCACAACGCCCGGCUGCAGCGCCGCUGCCAGGAGACGCAGGAGCUGCAGGCCGCCUACAACAGCCUGCUGACCAGGCUGAACGACGGCGAGCGGCUGAGGAAGGAGCUGCAGGACAAACACAGCAGCCUGACCAGGAGCUACCAGAACCUGAAGAGGAGCCAGGAGGCCCUGCAGCUGCAGCACGACCGGCUGCAGGAGGAGCUGCAGCAGCAGCAGGAGGAGGUCCGGACGCUGCGCUGCCUCCUGCAGGAGAAGAGCUCCAACAUCUCCGGUCUGCAGGCGGAGCUCCGGGCGGAGGAGGAGAAGGUGAAGCAGAAGGAGCAGCAGAGGACGGAGCUGGAGGAGAGCCUGCUGCUCCUCAGGAAGGAGCUGCAGAAGACCGAGCAGGCCCGCAAGGAGGCCAGCAUCAAGGCCUCGUCUCUGGAGCUGCAGAAGACUCACCUGGAGCAGAAGCUGCAGCAGAAAGACGAGGAUCUGAACAAACACUCGGCCAUGAUCGCCAUGAUCCACAGUCUGAGCAGCGGGCGGAGCAGCAACCUGGCCCUGUGACGCACCGGCCGGUCCUCCUCCUCCUCCUCCUCCUCCUCCUCCUCCUCCUCCUCCACCUCGUCCCUGGUCCAGACGGUCUGUGGAGUCCACCAGGAGGGUCUGGUUGGUCCACUGACCAGCUGAGUCUCCUGCUUGGUUCUGCAUCACAUGGAACCUCGAGGGUUCAGGUCCAACUGGUCGACCGUGGACCCCUGGAGAGAACACACACACUCACUCACACACACACACACACACACACACACACAGA